AUGGGCAAAAUAGCAACAAUCGAGUACUUCAGAGUACCCCCACGAUGGCUCUUCGUCAAAAUCACAGACGUCAAUGGAAACUUCGGCUGGGGCGAAGCCUCCCUCGAAGGUCACACACAAGCCGUCGAAGGCUGUCUAGACGCCUGGGCCGAACGCUACACCGGAUUCGAAGCAGAUGACAUCGAGCACAUAUGGCAAAUGUCCUGGCGCACGUCUUUCUACCGCGGCGGCCCCGUCUUCAUGAGCGCACUAGCAGGCAUCGACAUCGCACUCUGGGACCUCAAGGCGCGGAAGUUAGAUGUACCUGUGUACCAGCUUCUGGGCGGGAAGGUGAGGGAUAAGUUGAAGGUGUAUGGCGAAGCCCGCAAAUCCCAAGGCUUCACCGCCGUCAAAAUGAACGCCACAGAGGACAUCGGCUGGCUGGAUUCCCCCUCAUCUCUGCAAUCCGCCGUCUCGCGCCUGCAAACUGUCAAGGAAUUAGGUAUGGAUGCUGGUAUGGAUUUCCACGGGCGUGUUCAUAAGCCCAUGGCGAAACAACUUGCCCGCCUGCUUGAACCCCACCAGCCUAUGUUCAUAGAAGAACCGCUCCUUUCUGAACAUGUCGGCGGCAUCAAGGAGCUCUCGGCGCAAACUAGCAUUCCCAUUGCGCUUGGCGAGCGCCUCCAUUCGCGCUGGGAUGUGCGGCCUUUCCUCGAAGCCGGGUGCGUGGACAUCUUGCAACCUGAUAUAUCCCACGUCGGCGGAAUCAGCGAAAUGCGACGGAUAGCAAGCAUGGCAGAAACAUACGACGUCGCCAUCGCACCACACUGCCCCCUGGGCCCAAUCGCACUAGCCGCAUGUUGUCAAGUCGACGCAACGCUGAGUAAUUUUGCGAUCCAGGAAAUGAGUCUCGGCAUCCAUUAUAACGCCGGCACCCAGGAUCUGACGAGUUAUACCAAGAACCCCGAGGUGUGGGAUGUUACGGAUGGGUACAUUCGGAUUCUGGAGGGCCCGGGGCUAGGCAUUGAGGUCGAUGAGGAGUGGGUGAGGAGGGAGAGUAGGGAUGCGAGGGCGUGGAUUAGUCCCGGCUUCAUUGGGCCGGGUGGAGAGGUUAGGGAGUGCCCAAUCCCCGCCGUGACAAGACUGUCAAACUGGCCCCAACUCGUCAAGUCCGCCAUGAUACUACUAUUCGGCAAAAAGCUCGAAUUGAACACCGCACUAUCCGGCGUCGGCAUACUUCCGCCACUGUUGAAAUACUGCGCUGUCGAAUUCGGCGUCGUAGUCGCUUCAUUCUCCGCCUGCAAUGCCGCGGGAUCCGUCGAGAACGGGCUCGGCGCACUCGUCGGCCUUGCAGCUUCCAGCCUCAAUUCCUCGAGAACAAGACAGUAG